AUGACCAAGCUUUUCACUCCCCUGCGUGUCGGGCGCAUGGACCUCGCCCACCGCAUCACCAUGGCGCCCAUGACUCGCUUCCGCGUGGACGACAACCACGUUCCCUUGCCUCUCGUCAAGGAAUAUUAUGCACAGCGCGCUUCCACACCCGGUACCCUCGUUAUCACCGAAGCCACUCUGAUCUCCCCGCGUGCUGGUCUCUACUCCAACGUUCCCGGCAUUUGGAAUGAUGCGCAAAUUGUCGCCUGGAAGGAAGUCACCGAGGCUGUCCACGCCAAGGGCUCAUACAUCUAUCUCCAACUGUGGGCUCUCGGCCGCGUCGGCAGCCCCGAUCUUCUCAAGGCUGCGGGAUAUGACCUGGUCUCUGCCAGUGAUGUCCCUGCCUCCAACGAUGGUCCCAAGCCCCGUGCCAUGACGGAAAAUGAAAUCCAAGGAUUCAUCCAGGACUAUGCCCAGGCGGCGCGCAAUGCCAUCGCAGCAGGCUUUGACGGUGUUGAGAUCCACGGUGCCAACGGCUACCUAAUCGACCAAUUCAUCCAGGAUGUCUCCAACAAGCGAUCCGACCGCUGGGGCGGCAGCGUGGAGAACCGCGGCCGCUUCGCACUCGAAGUGACCCGCGCCGUUGCCGAUGCCAUUGGCGCCGACCGAACUGGUAUUCGUUUCAGUCCCUGGAGCACUUUCCAGGGCAUGAAGAUGGCGGACCCGCGUCCGCAAUUCUCGUACUUGGCCCGUGAGCUGGUUCCCCUCAAGCUGGCGUACACUCACCUGGUCGAGGCUCGCAUUGCUGGCAAUGCGGACUGCGACAGUGAUGAGGACCUGGACUUCUUCCUGGAUGCUUACCGUGGGGCCGGUCCCAUUGUGAUCGCUGGCGGAUACAAGCCUGAGACCGCAAAGGAGGCUGUGGAUGGGAGGUACAAGGACCACGAGGUUGUCAUUGGCUUUGGUCGUCCUUAUACCUCGAACCCAGACCUGCCCUUCCGCGUUCAGCACAACGUGCCUCUGGUGCCCCAUGACCGCGACACUUUGUACAAUGCCAAGGAGGCCAGAGGUUACAAUGAUUGGGAAUUCAGUGCUGAGUUCAAGAAGGCCCAGGAGGCCUCUGCUUAG